AUGGCAGAGUUACCUCCCUGUUCCGCAGGAAGUCAUCAUGUGAAAGUAAUAGCUGGGAGCCAUGGAGCAGGCUUGAACUCGAAAAAUCAGUUACCAUCUAUUACAUGCAACCUAGAACUGAACAGUAUCAAGCCACUUGGAGGUUCUUUGUUUGGUGGCACAAGCCUCACUUUGGAAGGACGAGGAUUCACAUCCGACACAAAGGUCAAGGUUGGAAGUUACGACUGUGAUGUCACAGCAGCAAACAUUAGUUUGGUCAUAUGCAGGAUUGAAAGAACACAAACAAUCCAUAGAGUAAACAACCAUGGUUACCAUCCAUCGUUUGGAAAGUACUACUACUGGAACCCUCAGCAUAUCAAGGUCAAGGUCGGGGAUGUCGUACGCUGGGAUUGGGAUUUUCCUUUUUAUAUCACCAAAAUGAAACCGAGGGUCGAGGAGACGUACAACAUGACAGCAAAAUCCGGCAAGCCAGGGGGAUUCUCUAAUGGCGAUGUUGGUACAUCAACAGGAUGGUAUUCCCAUGAGUUUGGUAGAGCCGGCCUAUUUUACUACUGGAGUGGUGUUAUUGAUGAGUACGGUACCACGUGGUUCCAUGGAUCUGUGGAGGUCAUAGACCGAGCAUCUUUCCUGGCUGACGUCACAGUUACACAUAAAGGAUUUGAAGCUAAGUAUAACUUAGCGAAGACAUUGCCAACCGCAGACACAACGAAAUGCUGUGAUGCAUCUGUACAUAGAGAAAACUGCUCUGAUCCUUUUCCAUUCGAUUCAUCAGAUACCACAAAGUUUAAAUUUGCGUUCUGGACAUGCCGAUCACCAGUCGUUAACCAAAUAAGCCGACAAAACGGUACCACUAAUGAUCAGAUACGUUUAUCUGGUAACGGAUUCUCCGAGAUAAGUGGUUCAAAUAAUAUAACGUUUGGAGACUAUAUUUGUAAGGUGUCCAGCAGUUCAUUGACAUCUAUAACGUGUACUAUUGGGUCCGAAAACAAACCACGAAUAGGUCGACCGCAGUAUCUGGUCUUUUAUGUUAACAAUGUGGGUUACGCCCAUGUCAACAUAAAUACAGAUAUUUUAAAAACAUUUGCGCUGUUUCCUGUAGUCGAUAAUAUAUCCCCUAAGAACGGCUCUCGAGGAGGAUACACACAUUUAACAAUAUCUGGAACAGGUUUUGAAGAAGGGAAAGGCAAUGUAUCGACAGAAGUCAAUAUAGGUGGAUAUCCCUGUGAUAUAGUAUCGAGUUCAUACACAGAAAUCAUUUGCUUAACACCGCGGUCCUCCGUUGGAAAUCGGAACGUGUCCGUAAUUAUCCCAGUAACCAGAAAUAAGAAAAUCCCGGCGGUCUGUGCAGCAUCAUGUCAGUUUUUGUACGACGAUCAGAUGACCCCGACAGUAACUAAUGUUACUCCUAAAACGAUAACAGGUGAAAACACUACCUCAGUCACAAUAACCGGAACAGGCUUUGGAGAGGAUAAAACAAAAGUAUCGGUGAAUAUGCGGUCUUCGGAAAUCCACAAAUGCUUAGUGGAAAGCGUUUCGAAUUCUAAAAUUACAUGUUUGAUAAAAAGUUUGCCGCUGGGUCAGAAUGAGGUUGUGGUAGAUAUAAUCAGUAAAGGGAGAGCAACGAACAAAGGAAAUGUCAAUAUUACUAGUACAGCAACCAUAUUAGAUAUCAUUCCGAAACAAGGAAGUGUUCACGGUGGAACUGACGUCACUAUCAUCGGAAAUGGUUUUCUUUCUGAUGUGUCUGUUGAAGUCGACGGAUUUCAAUAUUCAGUGAAAUAUAGAACGGUGAUGUCGUUGGUUUUUACGACCAGGGAGCAUACAGCUGGUAUGGCAGUGUUGAAUAUCCAGUCAAAUGGGGUCAAAUAUCCAGAGCGAAACUUUAACUUUACUGAGAAGAUCUCUCCUACAGUAUCAGCUGUGUAUCCUUCGUCCGGAACGUAUGGACAAAAUAUAACAAUCACCGGUUACAACUUAGGAACAAGACUGAAUGAGACCAGCGUUUUCAUCGGAGAUAGUAAUUGUACAGUGACUGCUGUUAAUCAAACAGACUUAAAAUGUACAGUCGGAGUUCAACGCGCGGGGACAUACAAUAUGCAUGUUAGUGUAUAUGGUGUUGGGAAUUCAAAUGCAGAUGAAACAUUUACAUUUAAUAUGUCAGUAAACGCCAUCAAACCACGUUCAGGUAGUUUAGCUGGAGACCAGAGAGUCACUGUACUCGGAUCAGGUUUCGACAGUGAUAUGGUGGUGACCAUUUGUGGUAGUAUGUGCAACAUGUCGAAGAGUCAACUAGCAGAUCCAACUCAAUUUAUUUGUGAUACACCAUCUUCGUCAGAUUUGGCGCUUCAGCAAUGCGACGUGAAGAUCAUAGUCAACAGUGUUACUGAAACACUAGAAAAUGCUUAUACCUACGACCCUGCUCUCACACCAGUCAUUGACGAUGUCACACCAAAGCGUGGAGGUACACAAGGUGGAACUAAACUUACGAUAUCUGGAUCAAAUUUCGGGUUAUCGCAAGUAACAACGGCGGGAUGUGUAUCGAAAGUAACCAUUGGUGGAACUUUGUGCAAUAUCACCAAAUGGACAAAUAGUAGCAUAGAAUGUGUGACUGAGGCCCAUUCGAAGUCUGAAAGAGCAGGUGUCCGAUUAGAAACAGGAUGUAAUGGAAAGGCAAAUGAGGAAAAUGCGAGAUUCCACUUUGUGGAUGUUUGGUCAUCUGUGUAUACCUGGGGUGGGGCAGCAGCCGGUUUGCCCACAGCAGGGGACAUUGUCGUCAUUCAAAAGGGUCAGACUAUUCUAUUCGAUACGGAUUCACCUAUCCUGAAGAUGCUGAUAAUACAAGGAGGAGAGCUUGUGUUUGACGAAGUAGAUGUUGAACUGCACGCUGAAAACAUACUGAUUACAGAUGGUGGUCUUUUACAGGUUGGAACUGAAGAUAACCCAUUCGAACACAGAGCAACAAUAAGUUUACAUGGACACCAACGCUCAAAGGAGCUGCCCAUAUAUGGGACAAAAUCACUGGCCGUUCGAGAAGGGACAUUGGACUUACAUGGAUUACACAGAGACAUCACGUGGACGAAGCUAGCACACACCGCUGAAGCUGGCGACAAACACUUGAAUUUACAGCAUGAGGUGACUUGGCAGAAAGGUGACCUGAUAGUCAUAUCAACGACAGGAGGAGUAAAUUCUCAGACAGAGACUGAGGUUGUUACGAUAGAAUCAGUCUCUUCAGACAACAAGACAAUCACACUCGGCAGCGAGUUAGCCAACUCACAUCUUGGACGAUCUGAACUAGUGGCGGGCAGGCGAUUAGAUUUCAGUGCGGAAGUUGGCUUGCUUACUCGAAACGUUGUUGUAAGAGGGCAAAGCGACCCACAGUGGAAAGAAAAUAUCAAACCAUGUCCAGAUGGUUUAGAUCCAGGUAACCUUGCUGUCCAGACAUGUAACCGUGGUCGGUCCGGAGGGGAAAUGGGAAGCGACCAGUUCGGUGCGCAAGUAAUAAUUCACACAACAGACCCAAAGAAACAGGUAACAAGAAGCCGUAUUGAGUAUGUGGAGUUCUACCAUGUCGGACAAGCCUUCCGUCUUGGCCGUCAUCCAAUCAACUUCUAUAAGACUGGUGACAUGUCUAAAUCGUAUGUACGUGGAUGUGGAAUACACGACACGUUUAAUCGAGCCAUCAACAUUCGUGAUACACACAACCUUCUUAUUGAACGCAAUGUGAUCUACAACGUCAACGGUGUGGCGAUAUUUCUGGAAGAUGGAACUGAGACAGGAAAUGUAUUCCAGUACAACCUUGGUAUAGAUGUGAAAGGCAGUUCUCAACUACUGAAUAGCGAUAUCUCACCAGCAACGUUCUGGAUCACAAAUCCAAACAAUACACUGCGCCAUAAUGUGGCGGCCGGUGGCACACAUUUUGGAUAUUGGUUCCGAUUGGAGGAUAGUGUACGUUCUGAUGUAACUGGCAGCUACAGACCUCAGUAUACCCCUAUUACAGAAUUCAACAACAAUACCGCACACUCUUUAGGAUGGUAUGGCUUGUGGAUCUACCCGAAAUAUACUCCGCACGUAAUGUAUUCAUACUCAUCAACCGUGAAAGCUGCGGUGAUUGAAGAUAUGUAUGUAUGGAAUUGUCGUAAGGGAAUCGAAGUAAAUGAAAUGGGAGCAGUACAUGUACUUGGUCUUACCGCUGUUAAUAACGUUGAUGCUGGUUAUGAGGGUAAAAUUAUCUACGAGGGAAAUCUGUAUAAUGAUUACAGUCCUUUUCUGAAAGAUUCCAUGAUCGUUGGCUACCUGUCAGGUAUCCCACCACAAGAAUGUACCAACGGAGGAGUUGUACUGCCCUACAAGUUCGGAUUCAGUAUUCAUAAUGUUAGUUUUGUCAACUUUAAUCAAUCAAACAGUUCGGCGUUACGGAUUACAAGGAUUCCCAAGCGAUGCAGUUAUAACUGUGGUGGAUACACGUACCGAACAGAUAAUCUUACAUUUAUCAAUGCUGAUCAUCGAAUUUACAACGAAUGGAUUUGGGAAUCAGUGUACGAAGACAUGGAUGGUUCCCUUUGUGGAUCUCCGUCAUGUAAAGUGGUACCCUGUACCGGAACUUUACCACCAAAGUGUACUUUUUUCUCAAACUACUCAAACAUUCCUUUAUGUAAUUGCCCGGCAGAUGUCAGACUAAUCCGAUUCGCUCCAUAUUCACAAUCAUACGCCUCUUCAAGUUGGAAUCUCGUUUUAACAAACAAGUAUGGAUCUACUCCACACCAUUAUCGUUACAGAGCGAUAUAUCCGUCAAGCGGCUGGAUGACGAACUUAAUUGCCGGUUCUUCUUAUGUCUGGGAAUUUGAUGAUGGCUACAUGCUGACUAAUUUCAGCUACUAUGGCUAUUUCUACAGAAUGCAGUUCGGCGACUAUGUAAUCAUAAGCCAAGCUUUGACUGGAGAACCUGACGAAGUUCAUAUAGAUGGAUACAGUCUGAUUCCUGCAACAAAUGAAACCCUUGACCCAGAAACACAUUACCAUGGCGACUGGCAAUAUAAUGAGACAUCUGGUUUUAUCACGUACUUAGUUUCCUAUAGACGACGGGGUCACACAGACGGAUAUGAUUAUGGCACCCAAGAUAUCUCUGUUUACUUCAGUGUUAGAAAAUGCUUCUUCAAGGGAUGCAUCACUCCUACACUUGCGCCUUCCACCUACGAGACUUCCUCACCCGGAACACCUGCCUAUAUCUACUGGUCCUCGCCUACAUCAUGGCCUAACUCCUCGCUUCCUGUUGAUGGUGAUGACGUCAUCAUUACGGAAGACGAUUGGAUGGUAGCGGACACUGUGAUACCGAGGCUAAACAAACUCAUUAUUUAUGGCGUGCUUGAGUUCGACAUUAGUCCUGUAAAUAAUUCCUACCGAAACUUUACUCUGAGUGUAACUGAUAUCAUAAUCAUUGGAGGAAGACUUUUGAUUGGUUCACCAAAUAACCCAUUCCUUGGUCAAAUAGACAUUGUACUUCGUGGUCGCCGGCUUGGAGACCUGGACACUGAAGACUACCUACCUUUUACACAAAUACCUGUCAACGCAAAAACAAUAGCUGUAUAUGGAGGACUAGAAAUUAAUGGUAAAGAUAUUGGCGUUCCAUGGACGAGAUUGGCUGAGACAGGGAACCCUGGGGAGUCCUCAAUUACUCUAGCUGAUAACGUGACCUGGAGAGUCGGGACAGAAAUAGUCAUCGGCCCAACUAGCUACGACAUGUGGGAGACAGAGAUAUUCAGGAUUACUCAUGUGUCCGAAGACGGAUUGACUUUAACAUUGAAUAGUUCUCUACAAUUCAGACAUAUUGCUCACAAGGAAACAAUAAACGGCCGAAGAAUAAAUAUCGCGGCGGAGGUAGGGCUUCUUACCAGAAACAUUCGUAUAUAUGGCGAAGAUACUGAACCUAUGCACCACGAAAGUUACGGAGGACGAAUAUUAGUGGGAGCGACCUUGUUUAACCACCAGCUUGUCAAAGGUUAUGCCCGCUUUAGUAAUGUUGAAUUCAUCCACACUGGACAGGGAAAAUGGAAAUCCUAUAUUAAGCGUGAAUAUUCUCUUACGUACUCUAAUGCCGAGACAGUGACGGAGGAUAAGCCAUCGUCUGUAACUAAGUGUGCCUUCCAUCACGGCUUCUCGUCUGCGAUAGAUGUAUCCGGAACUACCGGUCUUGUACUGAGCGACAAUGUUAUCCACCACUCUGUAUCUGUUGCGAUUGAAACUCAAUCUUUGAAAACGACACUACAACGAAACCUUAUCGUACUAGUCCGUGUUGAAGAUUCCUACCCUGGGGCGAUCAGUGGCAUGCUAUCCAGUAAGCUAACAUUCAUAAAUAAUACAGUAAGUGGUACUGACGGUGUAGCGUUCAAUGUUCCUGGUGUAAAAUGUGGUCUAUCAUCCGGUCCAUCUGGAAAUGAAGCCCAUAGUUCGUCAAUAGGGUUGGCUGUUUUUCCUGGAAAUAAAGGUCAUGAGAGGUGUAAUGAAAUAUCGAACUAUUUCAUCUGGAAAUGUAGUAACAUGGGAAUAUAUUACAACAAUAUGCAGUCAGUAAAUAUUGCUGGUAAUGUUCUGGCUGAAAAUAAUAUAGGAAUAUACACUGAAGUGAUAGGCCCUAGUCCCGUGGAUCAUUUAUACACAUGGAAAUCCUGUACCGUUAAGGACAGUCUCAUCAUAGGUACAACAUCGUCCUACAACUGUACAACUGAUCGCGCUAAAUCGUCUGGUAUAAUAAAUCAAGUCGAUGGAGGUCACGUGGGAAUGACUUUUGCCUCAUUCUUGGGAGGAAGUAACUGGAAUCCCUUUUACGGACUAACGAGAAUUGAGACCUACCCUGCAAUCAUGGGAGUGACGAAUAUUCAGGGUGUGACUUUUGCUCAUUUUAAGUCGGUAUGUGGUGCAAAAGACGUCAUGCUGACUACAAACAAAUGGAAUGAUGACGGACAACACCCUGUGGUAACCAGUAAAAUAAUGAAAUUCAGCUCGGAUAACGAUUCAUAUUUCUUCAUCCAUCGACCUAACAUUGAUAAAAUAAACCCAAGAGACUGUGUUGACAUGGACUGUGAUGGACUGAAAAAGGCCCUUAUAAAAGACGAAGAUGGCUCCUUUCUGGGCGAAAAGGGAGCAGUCAUAUCUCAGUCGGAAUGGGAGUGGGAUGGUGAUCCAAGAAGAGGUCUAGGUGACUACAGGAUACCUAAGGAAAUGUUGACAACUCUAAAUGGAGAACGUAUCAACGUUAGUACUAUAGCACCGCACAAAGGUAUAAUACGAAACGACCAUUGCCAUUACCGACCUGUCUGGCAAGCCUAUGAGUGUCACGACCUUGAUUACGAAAUGCUGAUAAUAGAGAGUCUGGACGCGGACACGGAAACCCGGCGUCUGUCACCUGUGGCGAUUCUUGGAGACGGGUAUCUGGACCUCAUUAACGGCCCCCAGGACCACAGUGAUUGUAGUCAAGGCUACUGUAGGAAACGUUUGUCAACUUUUAUGGCUAUUGUAGCCUCAGGGAACAAAUACUCAGUUUUCUUCUCCACUACAAGUCCUCAGACCCUACGGCUUUUCUUGCUAAACUCCAACGAUAGCCAGGCCGUGACUUUAAAGAUAUGGUACUCCCAAUCCAACCGCCGAGAUGUGUAUGUUGGGGAAGAUCUGGUUUUAGCAAAGAACGCCAGAAUGGUCAAUGAAAAAUACAUCGUUGAUCGACCAUCUGUACCUGGUGAAUUCGUUCCUGAUGAGAAAUCAAAUGACAGAACGGGAACGAAUUUCUUUGACCGGAACUCCAAUGUGUUGUAUGUAUUACUCAGAGGAAGCAGCCCAGUUAAAAUAGUAACAAAUCCGUCGUUUAUUGUGUCAUUUCAAAUACCUGCACUUACGCCUGAGGAGUUCUACGGGGAAGCAUUGGUACACAAUCUAGCAUUAUUCUUUGAUGUGCCUCCGGAGAAGAUCAGAGUUGUAAACGUCGUUAGAGAGUCUGGAAGGAGGAAACGAGAUGCAGAUGGUUACAAGAAUGUCGUUUUUGAAAUAUCCAAUAACCCAAUCGAAAGUGCGAAUACCACGGCCAAUGCGUCAAUUCCAAAUGAAUCAUUGACCACUGAAAAAUUGUUGAACCUUUCAUCAAAGUUUAUUAAUGAAGUUCAGGGUGGAGGAGAUAUAGGCAAAAUGCUAAAUCUGACUGUUAGACGUAUUGCUGUAAGUGAGCCUGUUGUUGACCACGGACUCGACGCGCCAAGACUUGACUCUGCUGGGGAGAUCAACGUUCCAAAGCGUAUAAAUAUAUCUAAACAUAUAGCUUCCUCCUAUGAAACUGCACCCUUCCCCAAACAACCAUGUCUGCGCGUGUUUGAUGUACAGGACGAACCAAUGUCGAAAUUAGGCAGCAUUGCUGAUCCAUGGCGCAUCACAGCUCACCUAGUGUCAGCGGUACACACGUCUGCCCAGUUACAUGGAACAACAACUGUUAACGUCAUCAGUGGAUGGGCCAACUUCACCGAUCUCAAAUUAUCACAAUUCGGGGAUGGUUUUAUCAUUCACUUUAACAAGACUUAUCCAGAAAAUGAAGUAAAUUUGGAUGUGAUUUCAGAGAGCUUUGACGUAGAUAAAAUUGUUGUCAGUCUCAGAGCUCGUAUUUCAACCGAUUUAUCGGUUGUGAACAACAUCACAAAAUUCAGGGUAGAUUUACUGGAUAACGCCACUCAACAACGGAUCAACAACAUCACGUGGAGAGGUCAUACAUGGACAGCAAUGGUUAACCUUAGCAACGCCUUGGAUACAACCGGAAAUAUGACAGGAUUGAAACACACGAACUUUAAUCAUUCGACAGGGGAAGCCAUCUUUAAUGAUUUGGCAUUUGAUCAGAUUGGAAUCUACUUUCUGAGAUUCCAUGUGCAGUCAUCACCAGAAGAGUAUGACGUUUAUGGAGACUUAAGAGUUGAAGUAUUAAAUGAGGCCCAGAUAAGCCUGCUUAAUGAUGAUACAUCUGUCACCACGAAGAUAUCUCUGACUUUCAACGAAAGUUUUGAUGAUGUUGUAGGAGAACAGGAAGAGGAAUUUGGAGACAUGGUCGUCAACAGACUUACAGAGAACUUUACUGGUGUAUAUUUCGACAACGUGACAGUGAAAAGAGGAUGUAUAGUGGUCGAUUCAGAUUUGGUAUCUACAUCAAACAAUACAAAUGACAUAACACAGUCCCUGGCUGAGGUUGUAGAAAAAACGCAAUUCAAGUAUAAAGGUAAAAGAAUGAAGAAACCAGAAGUGAUCAAAGAUGGGAAGGUUGUGAAAACUAAGGGAAACGAUGCGACUCCUUCUACGUCAUCCUCAAGUACCACAGUCAGUGACAAAGCGACAACGGUGACAACGGCAUCGCCUUCAGGGACUGACAAAACUGCUACAGAGACAACGGCCUCGCCGUCAGGGACCGACAAAACUGCUACAGAGACAACGGCAUCGCGUUCAGGGACCGACAAAACUGCUACAGAGACAACGGCAUCGCGUUCAGGGACUGACAAAACUGCUACAGAGACAACGGCAUCGCCUUCAGGGAGUGACAAAACUGCUACGGUGUCAACGGCAUCGUAUUCACAACCUAAGGGAAACAAUGGGCCUUCUUCUACGUCAUCCUCAAGUACCACAGUCAGUGACAAAGCGACAACGGUGACAACGGCAUCGCCUUCAGGGACUGACAAAACUGCUACAGAGACAACGGCAUCGCCGUCAGGGACCGACAAAACUGCUACAGAGACAACGGCAUCGCGUUCAGGGACUGACAAAACUGCUACAGAGACAACGGCAUCGCCUUCAGGGAGUGACAAAACUGCUACGGUGUCAACGGCAUCGUAUUCACAACCUAAGGGAAACAAUGGGCCUUCUUCUACGUCAUCCUCAAGUACCACAGUCAGUGACAAAGCGACAACGGUGACAACGGCAUCGCCUUCAGGGACUGACAAAACUGCUACAGAGACAACGGCAUCGCCGUCAGGGACCGACAAAACUGCUACAGAGACAACGGCAUCGCGUUCAGGGACUGACAAAACUGCUACAGAGACAACGGCAUCGCCUUCAGGGAGUGACAAAACUGCUACGGUGUCAACGGCAUCGUAUUCACAACCUAAGGGAAACAAUGGGCCUUCUUCUACGUCAUCCUCAAGUACCACAGUCAGUGACAAAGCGACAACGGUGACAACGGCAUCGCCUUCAGGGACUGACAAAACUGCUACAGAGACAACGGCAUCGCCGUCAGGGACCGACAAAACUGCUACAGAGACAACGGCAUCGCGUUCAGGGACUGACAAAAUUGCUACAGAGACAACGGCAUCGCCUUCAGGGAGUGACAAAACUGCUACGGUGUCAACGGCAUCGUAUUCACAACCUAAGGGAAACAAUGGGCCUUCUUCUACGUCAUCCUCAAGUACCACAGUCAGUGACAAAGCGACAACGGUGACAACGGCAUCGCCUUCAGGGACUGACAAAACUGCUACAGAGACAACGGCCUCGCCGUCAGGGACCGACAAAACUGCUACAGAGACAACGGCAUCGCGUUCAGGGACUGACAAAACUGCUACAAAACUGAGACAACGGCAUCGCCUUCAGGGAGUGACAAAACUGCUACGGUGUCAACGGCAUCGUAUUCAGAUGCAUUUUUAUUUGAAUUACCAGCAACCUAAGGGAAACAAUGGGCCUUCUUCUACGUCAUCCUCAAGUACCACAGUCAGUGACAAAGCGACAACGGUGACAACGGCAUCGCCUUCAGGGACUGACAAAACUGCUACAGAGACAACGGCAUCGCCGUCAGGGACCGACAAAACUGCUACAGAGACAACGGCAUCGCGUUCAGGGACUGACAAAACUGCUACAGAGACAACGGCAUCGCCUUCAGGGAGUGACAAAACUGCUACGGUGUCAACGGCAUCGUAUUCACAACCUAAGGGAAACAAUGGGCCUUCUUCUACGUCAUCCUCAAGUACCACAGUCAGUGACAAAGCGACAACGGUGACAACGGCAUCGCCUUCAGGGACUGACAAAACUGCUACAGAGACAACGGCAUCGCCGUCAGGGACCGACAAAACUGCUACAGAGACAACGGCAUCGCGUUCAGGGACUGACAAAACUGCUACAGAGACAACGGCAUCGCCUUCAGGGAGUGACAAAACUGCUACGGUGUCAACGGCAUCGUAUUCAAAAACUAAGGGAAACGAUGCGACUCCUUCUACGUCAUCCUCAAGUACCACAGUGAACAAUAAAACAGCUACGUACACGACGACAGCGUCUUCGACGAGCGACAAAGCAGCUACGUACACGACGACAGCGUCUCCGACGAGCGACAAAGCAGCUACGUACACGACGACAGCGUCUUCGACGAGCGACAAAGCAGCUACGUACACGACGACAGCGUCUCCGACGAGCGACAAAGCAGCUACGUACACGACGACAGCGUCUCCGACGAGCGACAAAGCAGCUACGUACACGACGACAGCGUCUCCGACGAGCGACAAAGCAGCUACGUACACGACGACAGCGUCUCCGACGAGCGACAAAGCAGCUACGUACACGACGACAGCGUCUUCGACGAGCGACAAAGCAGCUACGUACACGACGACAGCGUCUUCGACGAGCGACAAAGCAGCUACGUACACGACGACAUCGUCUUCGACGAGCGACAAAGCGGCUACAGAGACGACAUCUUCACCGGAAAAACAUCUGACGAAAACUUCAGUGGGAUCGGAUGACUGUACCACGAGAACAGGCGAAAACAAUUGGCGCAGAUAUGAAUCCCUGACCCAUGUGGAGUCUGGAAAUGAAAUGAAGCCUCGGCAACUGAUCCCACGACUACAAACCACUGGAGAUAUGAGGACAUCAACACCGACGUUUGAAAGUGAAAACCAAAUGCCUUCGUCCAUGGCCAUUUCAGGUGCAGUGACAUUUGAAAUUACCAAGUUUGAGAUGUUUGAGAAGUCAAAACUCAAUACAAAGAAACAGUGUAGCUAA